AUGUUCACCCAUUGGGUCGAUUGCUCACUCACUUCAGAGUUUUCUCCUUUAGAUAAAAAAAAGUUUCAUCCCCUUAGGUUGCCAAACUACGACGAGAGUUUUAUCUUUUCAAGCACCAAUCGUGCAGGGCAACAGAACUUAUGGGUGGUUUUGGUGGUCAAUGAAAAUGUACUAGUGGCGUGGGUAUUCUACAAGGAAUCAAGCUGGAUCAAGACAACUAUUUUCGUUGUUUUGAUCCUUCUUAGCAUUGGAUACAUCCUUGUUCAGUUCUUCAGGUUAUCAAGUGAAGAAUCUUCCACAAAUCCAUUAUAUUUUGUGUUAGUGAGACGUCAUAAAAGGGAACACACCCCGGGGAUCUCUGUUGUAACUGCAAGAGUAAUAUUUUCUACACUAGCAUGUUUGACGCUUGGAUCUUUGAUUUACACGCUUAUUAAAGAUAUAUCUGGAUCCUAUGCUCAAGUAUUCUCAAAGUGCUUCUUAACAGACAUGACUGACCUCUAUGUCCAUGCUGUGAUGUUAUCGGUGUGGAUAGCGUACAAAGAAUCAAGUUGGAUAAUAGCUUCCUUGUGGAUAAUCCUACAUCUAUGUUUUGGGAGCAUUACUCUAUGUGUAUACGUAGUUUGGCAAUUGUUCUGCCUAUCGCCCGAUCAGCCUGCUUCUCUUAUCAUAUUCAAUGGCAAUGACAUACAUUUGCAGCGAAGCGACCAUCUACUCAUACCACAUGCCAAUGUGCAAGUAUAG